GCUCGAGCCCGGAAAUCUCCGAAGAUUCCCGAACGUCGCCGAGUCCCCGAAGGCGCACAAAGGCGGCAUCAUCUUGGUCGUCGUUAUUACAGGAAAAGUCUCAAUCUCUCUCCCUCUCUCUCAUUCUCUCGUUUUUCCCCCCCAGAUGGACGCCGUGCUGUCGGUUUGAACGAGCUUGUUAAAACACAAAAAAAAGGUGAUUUCCAGAAAGGAGCACUUUGCUGCGUCCUCGUUUCUCCACCACGACGAAAGAUGAGAGGGAUGGCGUGUGUGUUGCUUAGCAACCUGCUCUUCACGGUUGUGUCAGCAUCCUAUAAAGUCAAGGAAGAGCACAGGACGGCCUUCUUCGGGGAAGACAUCCACAUCGACAUCCCGCCCGGUGACGUCGGUGAGGUGAUGUUCCGUCCCAAGGCCAACAAGAGCGUGGAGGUGCCGCUUCUCCGAGCGGGAAACGUGCUGCAUGGACGAGCUCGUCUCAAUUCCUACGGCCACUUGGUGCUGGACGACGUGCAGGAGGAGGACGAGGGCGUCUACGUGGUCAGCAGGAACGAAAGCGUGCUUAGCCGCCUCACGCUCGACGUCCGAGAUUGUGCCGUGGAGGAGGUGGUCAAGUAUGGAGACACUUAUUACAUCCACUUGAACCAGGUCCAAGGUCCAAUCAGCUUGGAGUUCAGGCCCGGUCCCGUCCACCACAUCAACCAUUCGGACUUCCUGCACGCUACCGAGCCGCCGGCCGCGCUGCUCUUCCGCCACACGCUGGUGCUGGCCGACGCCUACGCCGGACGCCUGAGUGUGACCGACAAGAUCGUGGCGCUGCACUCGGUCAAGAUGGCGGACGAGGGGAGCUUUACCGUGCGCGACCAUGAGGGGAAAGUGCGGAGGAGGAACUGCCUUCAUGUGCGAGAGCACCAGGACUUCCUACAUCCUUCCGACGGAGCCGACAUGAAAGUAAAACUCUACCUGGACCACGCCCAAGUCAAUGUGGUCUACAGGCCCAAAUCCGGCCACCACGGCUUUCCGGUUCUGGAACGAGGCGUUCUGGUGACGCCGCCGGAGUCUCAGCUGGCGGGCCGUGUCAGCGUGGACGGGUCCCAACUGCUGCUCAGGAAGGUCCGAGGGUCUGACGAAGGCGUCUUCAAAAUCACGGACCUGGAAGGGUUCCCCGUGGCUCAUGUUUACGUGGACGUGAUUGCCUCCAGGCUGCCGCCGCUGACGCUGGCCAUUUUGUCACUGCUGAGCUUGCUGGCCUUCAUGCUGCUGGUGUGCCUGCUGUCGUGCCUCUUCAAGGUGCACCAGAGGAACGAGAAGAACAAGAAGCUGGCGCUACUCGCCCAGCAGGCCGGCAAGGGCGAGGCCUUUUGCCAGGUGGUCCACGAGGCGUACAACAGAUUCACGGAAGAGUCGCUCAUGCACUCGGCAAGCCACCAACCAGAUGAGAACACCGAUGUCACCAUUAAGGACGUGGAGGUUUCCAAAGCGGGCGGCUACCGGGCGCUCACGUCAGAUGUCAACUUCCUGGAGAUGAGUGACUCCGGAGUGGACUCGGGUCUCCCACUGGACAGCGAUACGGACGCCGUCGUGACCUGCGCCUCCCACAAGCCCCUCCUCGAGACUCGUACCCUAAGCCCCACAGCCGAGGGGGGUCAAGAGGUCGCGCCGGUGACCGACGGGGACGCCCAAAAGUGCGCCGAUCCGCCCGCUGGUGACGAGACGGCGGCCGAGGGAGGGGAAGCUGAGCGGAAGGAUGAGAGCACCUGAAAGGUUCGCAUUAGCAUCGACUAGCGGUGAGUUCUUUGGGGGGGAAGCACAAUCACAAAUCCAGACAUCAGUGUUGACUACAACGAGGGUUCUCAAACUUUUGGGGAGUCAUUUUUUCAAAGGAGCCCCUCAUAAUCCUAAAAGCAAUUCAACAUAUAAACCUCGGGAAAUAUUUUUUAUUUAUAAAUCAGUUUCAUAGAAAGGAACCAAAUUGAAUUCAAUUCAAUAUUCAUCCCAAUGCUAACGCUAACAACAUGCAUGCGAACAAAGUGAAGCAAAUUUAUAAACGCAAACUCAGUGUUGACAACUGUUGUAGCGACUGUUAGCGUUCAGAUAGCUGAACAUUUUCCAACGCGGUGGCCCAGGGGCCGCAGUUUGGAAACCAGUGGACGACAAGACUUAGCACAUCGAGCACAAUCACAACAACUUCAGAAGAACAAAACAAGUGUGUGCAUGCCUUCAACACAAACACUCGUAGUUUACAUUAGAAUAGUCCGAUCGCUGCAUGGGAGCCAAAAACCAAACCGCUUCCGUUGAGGUCUUGACCUUUGGGGAUUUGUUGGAGACUGAGCGUUGACCAGGAUUGUGGAUUUUUGAUCUCCAGCUUACAAGGAAACCUCUGGAAUCAUUGCUCUGUUCAGGGACUUGGGUCACAUGACUUGUGACAGGACAAGCACAACGUUUAAAAAACAUAAAAGAGCAAGUCACCUGCAAGUAGCAGCUAAUGUAAAUACGUCUGUGAAUGUAUACUAACCAAUUCUAAAUGAUUCAUUUUUGUAUGGCAUGUUCUUAAUAUACACACAUACAUAGCAGUGCUUGAUCUUGACUAAUAUAAGCAAUAUUUCUGAUGAUAGACUGAUGCUAAUUAUUUAGCAAUAACUUUUGGUUCGCUCAAAGUCUUGAUAUACCUUGAGCAAUAUGUUAGUUUUGUUGUUUAAGAUCAACGAUCUUUGACUUGUAAACACAUUAUUAGCCGCCAGCACCGCCGCCAUAUUGGUCAAGGCAGGUCUCAACUACUGUAUAUGCAUGGAUGCAAUGCCUUAUAACAUUUUAUGGUCAUUUUUUUGUCGUACUUUGACAAACUACUAAUAUAUUUAUUAGCUGUGAGUUGCUCACACGUGUUUCUUUUAAAUAUGAGCAUAUCAGCGCAUGCACUUGUAGUCACAUGAGUACCCUUCAUGAAAUAUUUGUCAUUUUCGAUGUCAAUCUUGUCUUCAUUCACGAUGGCCAGAAAUGAGCUUUUGAGUCACUAAGAAGUCAAUUUACAGGUUUUUAUAGGCUUUCACGUGACAUUAAAUAUGUUCAAGUAUUUCCAUGUACUGAUUGUGCAGUUAUUGAGCAAACAUGGAUGUGCACAAUGUUCACCGCAUUUCACACGUGUGUUUUUAAGACUGUGUGUGCAUGCGAUGAUUCAGUAUGACCUUUUGCAUCCUGCCAAGAGUUUUGUAGUGCUUCUCUUUUUCUGUAAUGAAUGAAUAAUUCAGAAUAAAUGCAUUUCACUACAA